AUGUACUAUAGUGAGAACAGCCUUGCAAAAGCCGCGGAUACGUGGCUACUAAAGAAAAAGCGUUGGUACAGCAGUGGAAGUUUGUGUGCCCUGAUGAUGCUAUUGUGGAGAAUGGGACGAGCUGGGAGAAGUUUCAUGCCGUUGGCGUGGUGUGGUGGCAGCUGGCAGCCGUCCAUGUCCCCCGGAGAAGGCCCAAACACGCCAUCUGCCGCCACUGCCAUUGAGACGACGGCCGCCUUUUUUGUUGGCAUCACUGUACCUGAAUCCGCCCCCCCGAUCUUAUUCCUCUCCCCUACCUCCUCCCCCACUCCUCCCCCAACCAUGGCGCCGACGCAGGCCAACACCCCGCUGCCUAAUUCGCCGGGCCCGUUUCCCGUGGGCAUCCCCGUCGAGCCAGGCACGAGUUCGCUGUGGGACCGGUUGUCCAACUGGGCGUCGGAGAACAAGGGCGUUGUGUAUACGAUUGCCGGCAUCACAUUGGUGGUCGGCGCUGGCGGGGUCGUCUAUUACUUCUCCAAUGGCGAUGCGCGGGAUGGAGGCGCGACAGACUCACAGGCCAACAAGCGCAAGAGGCAACGCGAACGCAAGCGCGCAAAAGAGAGGGCAGAGAAGGGCUCAGUGGGCGGCAAGGAAGCGACAGUGGAGAAGGCCGAGUCAAACAAGGCAUCCGUCACAGCUGUGAGCGAAGAAGAACUGCCUGACGUGAACGAGGACACGGUCGGGGCACUGUCACCAGAGGACCGUAAAGACUAUGCUGCCAAGCUCAAGGCCGCCGGCAACAAGGCGUACGGCUCCAAGGACUACAAUCGGGCCAUUGACUUGUACGGCAAGGCCAUCCUCUGCAAGCAAGACCCCGUCUUUUACUCGAACCGCGCGGCCUGCUACAAUGCCAUGAGCGAGUGGGACAAGGUCAUCGAGGACACAACGGCGGCCAUCAACCUCGAUAACGAAUACGUCAAGGCGCUCAACCGACGGGCCAAUGCAUACGAGCAGGUGGAGCGCAACAGCGAGGCCCUGCUCGACUACACGGCCAGCUGCAUCAUCGACGGCUUCCGCAACGAGAGCAGCGCGCAGAGCGUUGAGCGCCUGCUCAAGAAGGUGGCCGAGGCCAAGGGCAAGGCCAUCCUUGCCGGCAAGGAGAAGAAGCUGCCCAGCCCCACGUUUGUCACAAACUACCUGCAGAGCUUCCGGCCUAAGCCCUCGCCCGCUGGCCUCACCGACGAAGAUGAGCUGGACGAGGAGACGGGCAAGGGACAGCUGCGCAAGGGUCUCAGAGCCAUGGCAACCAAGACGGGCGAGGGCUACAACGAUGCUGCCGCCGCCUUUGUGCGCGCUGUAGAGCUGGGUGACUUGGGCGAGCACGAAGCCUUUGCCUAUAACAUGCGUGGAACCUUCAGCUACCUGAAGGGCGACAACGAAGACGCUCUGCGCGACAUGGACAAGAGCAUCGAACUGCAGCCCACACUCACCCAGAGCUUCAUCAAGCGCGCCAGCAUGCAUUUGGAGCUCGCCAACCCCGACGCCGCCGAAGCCGACUUUGCCGCCGCGCUCGAACAAAAUGCAAACGACCCCGACAUCUACUACCACCGAGCACAGCUGCACUUCAUCAAGUCUGAAUUCGGCGAGGCCGCCAAAGACUACCAGAAAUCCAUCGACUUGGACAAGGACUUCAUCUUUUCGCAUAUUCAACUCGGCGUCACCCAAUACAAGAUGGGCAGCAUCGCCUCGUCCAUGGCCACUUUCCGCCGCUGCAUGAAGAACUUCUCCACCGUUCCAGACGUGUACAACUACUACGGAGAACUGCUCCUCGAUCAGCAAAAGUACCAAGAAGCCGUUGAGAAGUUCGAUACGGCUGUCGAGAUGGAGAAGACGAGCAAGCCCAUGGGCAUGAAUGUGUUACCGCUCAUCAACAAGGCGCUCGCACUCUUCCAAUGGAAGAAUGACUUCAGCGAGGCAGAGAAGCUUUGCGAAAUGGCCCUCAUCAUUGACCCUGAAUGCGACAUUGCCGUCGCGACCAUGGCACAAUUGCUACUACAGCAAGGAAAGGUCACAGAUGCGCUCAAGUACUUUGAGCGUGCCGCGGAGUUGUCGAGAACAGAGGGUGAGAUUGUCAAUGCGUUGAGUUAUGCUGAGGCGACGAGAACACAGCUGGAGGUGCAAGAAAAGUACCCCAAGCUUGCGUCGCGGCUAGGGGCAAUGGGCGGAGGAGCCGGCGGUUUCGGUGGCGGGGGCAUGCGAUAA